GGGGGUAGCCACUGGGAGUCGUAGUCUUCCUGUGGCUCUGGAAGCCUGCUCGAGUCUUCGGCAUGUAGGUGGUGCCGCGGUGAGGAUGUGGCGGGCGUGACGCGAUUUUGUCCGCGUUGGAGCCGGGGUGGCUGUGACGUGGCAGAGAGAGAAAGAAAAGGGGAGAGCGAGAGCGAGUCAGGCUCCCCGGGCACAGCUCAGCCUCCCAGAGCAGACGCCGCCGUUGCCUUCGUCAGCGCCCGCCGCUUUCGGCGUCCCUGCGGCAGCCAGACCAGACGGCGAGAGCGAGCGAGCCAGCGGAACGGGGAGAGAGAGCGAGGUUGAUUGACUGAGGAGGGACCGGGGCCCAGGUUGCUGCCUCCGCUUUUCCCCGCCGCCUUCGCACUCGGCCCGCUAGCUCCCUGCGCCGCUGCCUCCGCCCAGCCCGGAGCCGCCAUGGGCCUCACCAUCUCCUCGCUCUUCUCACGCCUCUUCGGCAAGAAGCAGAUGCGCAUCCUCAUGGUUGGAUUGGAUGCUGCUGGAAAAACAACUAUUCUGUAUAAACUGAAGCUAGGAGAGAUUGUCACUACAAUUCCCACAAUUGGUUUUAAUGUGGAAACAGUAGAAUAUAAAAACAUAUGUUUCACUGUUUGGGAUGUUGGUGGCCAAGAUAAAAUCAGGCCACUCUGGAGGCAUUAUUUUCAGAACACACAGGGUCUCAUUUUUGUGGUAGAUAGUAAUGACAGAGAGAGAAUCCAGGAAGCAGCAGAAGAGCUGCAGAAAAUGCUUCAGGAAGAUGAGUUGAGAGAUGCAGUGCUGCUUCUCUUUGCAAACAAACAGGACUUGCCAAAUGCCAUGGCAAUCAGUGAAAUGACAGACAAACUAGGUCUUCAGUCCCUGCGUAACAGAACUUGGUAUGUUCAAGCUACCUGUGCUACACAAGGAACUGGUCUGUAUGAGGGACUUGACUGGCUGUCAAAUGAGCUUUCAAAGCGCUAACUGAAACUGGAUGACUUUCGCACCAGGGACAUGUUUGAUAUAAGUGGUCUAGGCUUGUUACAACAAAAUUAGUUUGCAUCUUGGUUAUUAUACAGUAUCUGGAACUGGUUUGGGCAGAAUAUUACAGCAUUUUGACUUAUUUUGUUGCCAAUUAUUGUUUACCAAGUUACAUGUUACCAAGGUAACAAUAUGCUUGGGUUAAAAAGAACUCCUUAAUUUGGGAAAAAAAGUGUAUCUUCUGAUUUUUACUUCUCUUGUUAGCCUAAAUGCCUGAAUAUAGUUGUGACUUAGAAAUCUGUUUGAAUGCUUCUUGAGCCCCAAUUAAAUUAUAUGUUAAAAGAUUCCCCCCCCCCCGUUUUCUUUAGUUAUGGAUAUCUUAUUCCAUUCCUUAGACAGUCUGCUGACUUAAUCUACCAUUCCAUUAUAUUUAUUUCUUUCCCUUUAUAAAAACACUUCCUAAUAUUGCUCCAGUCAGGAAAAUGCUCUAAAACACUAUUGAAAUCUGCACUGAGGAACAUUUUAUUAACCCUUUGGGUUGUCAGCCCACUUGCCUUUGUGUGAAUUAAAUCUGGUUGGUAGAAUAUUUCUGUGCUGGUUGCAACAAGCUCAUUGAGGUUUUUAAUAUUCAGCAGAUUGUCUUCCUUUAUAUUGUAUCUUUUUUUGUUGCAUGUUGCUUUUUGGUAUCGGCCUGUUUUGCCCAGUGUAUAAUAGUUCUGCUGAAGUUUUACUGUUUAUUGGUGAACAUAUCUUCAUGAAGACAGAUUUUGGAAAAUUCUUCAGACUCAAUGGAUUUAAUUUCUUCAUAACCUACUCAGAAUUCCUAAUUCCUAAUAAAAUGAUACAGAUGUAUAGCUUUGUGUAUGCUCCUUGAAUCUUAAGUUCGUGAAACUGAUAAUAUGAAUGUGUGACAGAAUAAUUCUUUUUUCAAUAAACUGAGUUUUUUUUCUGUACCUUGAACACAGACACAAAUCUGAAUAGGCAUUGAAUUGUUUUCAAUUUGGCAAAAAAUUAAGAUGGGCAGUUAAACUUGUGUACAGUAUAGCUGGUUAAUCAUCAAGGCUAAAAAUCCUGUUAAAGUGUUUUGAAGCUGUAAAUCUAAAUCCUUUAAAGAUGUCCAGAUAUGAAAGUACUAACAGUUUAAAAUUGUAAUAAAGUACAAACUGCCCAAAGA